CAGUUAGAGAGAAUACCGGAUAUUGUUGCAACAACUCUAUACACUCUCCCCUUACCCUUUCCACCAUUUCCAUGGAUGUCAUCUUUGAACCCCAGAGGGGGAGACCCUUCUCCAUUGAAGUAGGUUUUUUUGAUACAGUCCUGGAAAUCAAAGAAAAGGUUCAAAAAUACCAGGGGAUCCCUGUUUCCAGGCAAACCCUAGUUUUCAAGGGUCAGGUUCUUCAAGAUGACCGGGACGUUGAGUACUGCGAACUCCUCCAGAAUUCACACGUUCAACUUGUGGUGGCACCGGAACCGGAUAAACCCCAAAUCAAGGCCGAACCACUUUCUCCGCCGCCGGCCAAGAAAAUCCAACUAAAAAUCAAUAUUCCUUCAUCAAAAACCUCUGUUCCUCUUGAAAUGGACGUUACCGACACCGUUUUGCGAUUGAAGGAAAAGAUUCACGAGAUGGAAUCUGUACCGGCAAACAGGGUAGUAGUCCAGUCUAGUGGAACUGAAUUGCAGGAUCAUCGAUUUUUGCGGGAUUUCGAGCUGCCGGAAAAUGCAGAGAUUGAUGUGAAUAUAAGGCCAUUACCAUCACCGACAUCUUCGGGGACGGGGUCGAAGAAGCUGAAGCUGAUGGUGUUGCCCAAGAGCGGGCCGAAUAAGAUACCGGUGGAGGUGAAUCCAUCGGAUAAUGUUAGUGAGUUGAGAAAGGAGCUGCAGAAGUUGCAGUCGAGGCUUCAGCUUCAUCUUCCACCGGAGGGAUAUUUCUUCAUUUACAAACAGAAUGUUAUGGACGACGAUCGCUCCUUCCGGUGGCACCAGGUCGGCCAAGGCGAUACGAUUGAGAUCUUCAAUGGCAGUGUUACUGGUGGAUCAUAAAAUUAUUUCUAUGUCCAAUGUUUAAUUUAAGGGAGCUGGGAUUAGUUUUUUUGGACUUAAUUUGAAUGAGAAAUAUCAUUGAGGUACUCUAGUAUAUUUUUGGGAAGAUUAGUCCUGUCUCAGUUAGGACUAGGAUGUUGUUUAGCUAAUUAACAGGUUUGAACUUU